CUGAUAAGAAUGUAUAUGCAGUAUGGUUAUUUCUGUCACACUAUGUCUUAAAAGAACAGCUAAAGAGUAUUUAAAGAUUUAAAACAUGUUUAGGACUUACAUGUUAUAUAUACUUUUAGUGUGUGUUUAUGGAAGUGCAAUGUCUGGACAAAGAGGUGGAUCUCAAAGUGCACCAAGAAAAUGUGACGACUUUUUGCCAAAGUUGAUGAUCUUUGAAGUAGACAGAGUGUUUUGGCCGUUCCAAGUGGAGACAGACGUGGUACCACCAUUUGGGUUGAGAAGGUAUCAACCAAUAUCAAAUGAAAACUCAACUAAACUAUGGUCAGGAGACUUUGAAGGUAGAGAGCUGUUUGACAGUAAAGGCAGAGUCCUUCAAGUCUACUCCUACGCUUCUGAGGCAAUUUCCACAGCAUGGAAGAAGGGAACCAAAAUAGCAGUGACAGCUACAACGACAAAGAUACCCACUGUGAAACACUUGCUACGCCUUUUUGAUCUUGACGAGCACAUUACCGUGAUGGAAAUUGAUGACAGUUCAUCUUUGGAUCACGUUAAAAAGAUUAAGGGAGCUACUGGAUUGCAGUUCAAGGAUAUUGUUUAUCUAGGAUCCAAUCGUGUCAUGUUAAAUGAAAUUAAAAGAACUUUAAAAGUUCUCACAGUGUACAUAAGUCCUAAGAGUGGUCUGAACGUAAUGCAUAUAUAUUAUGCGAUAUAUUUCUAUAACUUACGACCAUAUAUAGCACGAUACAAAAGUCAUAGACAAAGGCAGCGAAUGCCAGGGACACUGAACACUGUAAAAGCUAGGCCAAGCUGAGCCAAGCUAGUCAUAAAGAUGUUCUCUAUGAUCUUUUCAUAUAAUCUCCAUGUUAUAAACAAUGGUACGAUACCUCACUGGCUUACACAAAUAUUCAGGCACUCUACAGACCUUUCUACUAGUGGACAUCUUGAUUUUUAUCCCAAAAGAACUAGCAAUGUUACACCCAUAAACCCCGUUACUAUUCCUUUCUUUUUUAUUACAGAGUUUUUUGCGAGAUUUCUAAUUAAAAGAUGCACCUUAUACAAAUAAAACUCCUAUUAGGUUUUCUUAUACUAUUACUAGUUGUUUAAAAAACAGUUUUUGAAGAAUUUUAAUUAAAACCAUUAAUUGUGAAAAGGUUACACACAUAUUUCUAAUAUUUUAAAGGCGUGUAGACCAUACACAUAUAAAAUGAGACUUCUUUUGUAGCUAUAGAACCGAAAUAGGAAGAAAAAUAGUUUAAAGAAUAAUUUUGUUUUUUUUAGUCAAAAUUUAAAGUGGUUUCAGUACAAUCUUAAGAAAUUAGUACUGUACCUACAAAUUAGGAAAAAAAUUACUAAGAUAAUCCAAUCAAUUACCAAUCAAAAGCUUUAUCAAUUUUCAUUUAUUUGGAUUGAAAUAUUCAAAUUGCUAAAAUAAAUAUAUUGAGAAAACAAAAUCCUAUAAAUAUUGUCAGACCAAUAGAACUCAGAACUCAAAUGUUUUCUUUGUGUUUUUAGUUUUGAUUAUGGAUUUACAAAAGAAAACAAAAAGUCCGGUUUUCUGUUAGAUUUUUGGAGGGAACUCAAAUUGUAAUCAGUGACACUUAUUUUAUGGAAUUUUGUAAUAUAUCUUGUACACGUAAGAAACAAGAUACAAUGAUUGACACCAAAUAGUUAUGGUGAAAUCCCAUUUUAUUUUGGAACUGAUAGCAAAAAUAGAAUUUCACAUUUUAAGAUAUUAUGUUAUUAUAAUUUGAAGUUAAAAAUCUGAAAAAAAUUGUAUUCACCAAGUGCCAUGUUGCACUAAAAGUGAACACUCUUAGGUGUUUAUUGUAUUGAGACCUAAUGAAUAUAAAUAAGUAACAGAAUAGUGAUUAAAUAUUACAUUCAUGCCUAGACAUGUGUUUAGUAUUAGCAAAUAAUCGGUUUACCACUAAAUUGGUAAUUGUCUCAAAGCAAUUUUAAUAUUUUCACAAAACAUGUAGAAGCAAAUAAUUGUCUGCUUAAUUAUUAAGCCUUUUUAGUGUUGUAAAAAGUAAUGACUAUAUUUAUGUUCAUGUUUGUUUUCCUGCAGUAAUGUCUUAAUAAUUACAUAAGAAUAUUUGGAUAUUUUGGGACAAGAAUACGAGGGGGUACCCAAAAAAAACCGAAAUUAUUUUAUAAAAAUUAUAUAUUAUCAAAUUUUUUACAAUACGACCUUAUCUCCUUCAAAAUAAUCUCCAUU